AUGGCGCCUUCAAAUUGUUGUGCUAGCUGUCAUACUGAGCUACCAAAGAAGGAUUUUUUAUGCUGUCAUAUCUGCAAGUUAAAAUACGACCUAGUAUGUGCUAAUGUCUCCCGCAAGCGCUUUGUUGAGAUGGUCGCAAGACAAAAGGCGUCAUUUAGAUGUCCCGAAUGCUCUAGGAAACCGACUAAUGUUAGCAAUGCAAAGACGUCAUUGCUGACUUGUGAAAAUUCCGAUGGAAGCCCUCUUAGUAUGAGCUCACAAGAAGCAAGUCCGGAGAGUGAACCUCCGUGCUCUGAUAAAGUAACGCAGCGAAUUAAGCCGUCACACGGACCCCCUUCACAACUACCAGAACCAGAACUAGAAUCAUAUGUCACUGAAGAUAAAUUGCGAGAUAUCUUACAACAGGAAUUAUCUUCAGUCCUCACUGUGACAAUUAAGCGAUUGGUGACAUCGGAACUUAAUAAUCUCACUGAAAAGGUUGCUGGAUUCCAGGACACAAUCUGCUUCCUGAGCCGACAAUAUGAGGAUAUAAAGUCUUCUCUUGAGGAGAAGGACAUCGCAAUAGUGAAUUUAAAAAAAAGAUAA